AUGAAUCCAACUGUUUCUGUACUUGCUCGUUCCGCGUGGAAGGGUCCGUAUUUUGUUCAAUUUUCAGGUCUCCGACAAGCACUCGCCAAAAAAGUCCCACUAAAAACAACAGCACGCGCGUGCACAAUUCUUCCCACAUUUGUCGGCAUCACGUUCCUGGUGCAUAAUGGCAAGAAUUACAUGCCAGUUACUGUGACUGAGGAAAUGGUUGGGCAUAAGUUGGGCGAGUUUUCACCCACGAGAAAAAGAUUCUCGUAUCGGCAGACGAAAAAUAAGUGA